AUGUCGAAGUUCCCGGUGCCGUUGAGAACGAUUGGCGGGCUCCGUCCCUCGGCCACCGCCGCCAUUUCAGCGGCCAACAUCGGUUUCGCACAAUCGAGCCGCGCACUUAGCACCGGAGCCGCCACGAAGAGCUCUGCCCUUGUCGGGCAGGUUGCUCGUCAAUAUCCGAACGCCGCCACCUUCAACAUCAAGCAGGUUCGCCUGUACAGCAGUGGUGAGCAGUGUUUAGUUACGGAGUCAUUUCUACGUUACAUUUUCAGGCGACCUCCCGAAGCACAACCGUGUCGCUCUUCCGGCUCUUUCGCCAACCAUGGAGCUCGGAACUGUUGUCAGCUGGCAGAAGAAGGAAGGAGACCAGCUCAGCGAGGGAGACUUGCUUUGCGAAAUCGAAACUGACAAGGCUACCAUGGGAUUCGAGACUCCAGAGGAGGGAUAUCUUGCCAAGAUUCUCAUCCAGGAGGGAACCAAGGAUGUGCCGAUUGGCAAGCUUCUCUGCAUUAUUGUUGAGACCGAGGCCGACGUCGCCGCUUUCAAGGACUUCAAAGAUGACGGAGCUGCUGCCGGAGGUGCCCCAGCUGCUGCCAAGGCUCCAGAAGCUUCGAAGCCCGCUGCCGCCACUCCAGCAGCUCCAGCAACUCCGCUAUAUCAGCCACCAGCAAUCCCACAGUCCGCACCAGUCGCGGCUCCACUCCCAGGAAGAGUUGCUGCUUCUCCGUUCGCCAAGAAACUUGCUGCCGAGCAAGGACUCGAUCUUAGCGGAGUUGCCGGAAGCGGACCAGGCGGACGUGUUCUCGCUUCGGACCUUUCUCAAGCACCAGCCAAGGGAGCCACUUCUUCCACUGCUCAGCCGGUGUCUGGGCAGGAUUACACCGAUGUUCCAUUGAGCAACAUGCGAAAAACCAUUGCGAAGAGACUGACCGAGAGCAAGUCGACUAUCCCACAUUACUACUUGACUAGCGAAAUUCAAUUGGAUACACUUCUUCAGUAAAUUGCUUGCCUAAAACCCUAAAUCUACACUUAUCAAUUUCAGAGUUCGUGAGAAGCUCAAUGGCCUUCUCGCCAAGGGAACAUCCGGAAAUGCUACCAAGAUCUCGAUCAAUGACUUCAUCAUCAAGGCAUCCGCCCUUGCCUGCCAGCGGGUCCCUGAGGCCAACAGCUACUGGAUGGACACGUUCAUCCGCGAGAACCAUCACGUCGAUGUCUCCGUCGCUGUCAGCACUCCAGCUGGUCUCAUCACUCCGAUUGUCUUCAACGCCCAUGCCAAGGGACUCGCAACGAUUGCUUCGGAAGUCGUCGAGUUGGCCCAGAGAGCUCGCGAAGGCAAGCUCCAGCCACAUGAGUUCCAGGGAGGUACUUUCACCGUCUCCAACCUCGGAAUGUUCGGAAGUGUGUCUGACUUCACGGCCAUCAUCAACCCGCCACAAUCCUGCAUUUUGGCUAUCGGAGGUGCUUCUGACAAACUUGUUCCAGAUGAGUCCGACGGGUAAGAGAAGAUUGUACCACUCUUGAUCGCAAAUGAAGGUUUUUCAGAUACAAGAAGGUCAAGGUGAUGAAGGUGACAUUGUCAUGCGAUCACCGAACCGUCGAUGGUGCUGUUGGAGCCGUCUGGCUUCGUCACUUCAAGGAGUUCCUCGAGAAGCCACACACGAUGCUCCUCUAA